AUGGCGUUUACUGGAAGGUUCUUGGCUUCUCCUUCGUAUAGCGAGUCCACUGAUUCCGGACAUCGACUGGCGACUGGCGCCUUCGUCAGGCCCCGGCAGGUGGUCACUCCACCUCAUGCGUUGGACGCUGAGGCGGAGCCCCUGCGGGCGGCUUUGGAUGCUAGCCACGAAGAGGCUAUCCAGAUAAAGGCCCAGCUGAGCGACGCACGGAAGCGGAUUACACUCGACGCGGAGAUCAUCCAGACUCUCCAGGCCAAGAUCGACCAGCUGCAGGACGUCAUCAUGCAGCAUAGGAUGGCGACCAGCGGCCAAACCAAAGCAUCCUCCGAGCCGAAGUACAUCAAGAAGAACCACGAGUUCAGGUAUUCGGCCAGUACGAUUGCCCACCACACGACCAUCUCAUCCUCGCCAUUCAGCACGCCCAGUGCCCGUCGGGGCGGGAUCUUCAAUCGGCCGCCGCCCAGGUUCAAUAUGCCAUCGGGCGGGAGGGGCACCGACGCCAGAGCCGCUGUCGCGGUGACAGCUGAGCCGUCGCAUUCGAGAUGGCAUGAUCACAGUCCGCGCGACCUCUUCACGACUAGUCCGCAGCAUGCGGCCCGAGGAUCGGACAGCCCCAAGGGGCCCGUUGAAUGGAGUAGCGUGAUCGACCAGCUCGCCCACAGGUACCGGGAACUGUUCCGGAAAACGGAUACAUUCGGCCAGGUGCACGGUAAUCUCCCCGACUUCGUGCAGGACAUGGGAAUGGAAGGGGCCGUCAAGGAGUAUUUGAUGACAAUCUCGAACAAGAACCACGCCGCGUAUCUGCUGGGAAACCCGUCCACCCGGUUCACGCUGCUAACGAAGGCGAUCAACUACUACCUCGUCGGCGAGGCCCUCAAUAUCACGGCCGUCAGGGGAUUCGAAGACAGCGUCGACAUGGGAAUUGAAGAGCUCAAGCAGCAGAUCUGUCAGGACACUCCGCCCAUGAUCCACCACAUGUUGAUCAACGCCAUGGUUGUGAUCGUCGAGGGAGCCAUGCAGGUGCCGGAAUUCGCCGAUUUCUCCAAGCAAAAGGCGCAAGCUCAUGUCAAGAUGCUAUGGCAGUGCAUCGGGCCGCUCACCAACGACCCGAACAACGUGCACGGGCUGGCUUGGGCAGAUCUUACCACGAUCAUGUCCGAAGCCCAGAAUCUUGCCGUCGACAUGUUCAGGCAUGCGUUCGAAUACCGCUUCAACUUCCCUGAGAUCAACGAACCGUUCAACCCCGCGACGAUGAUCAAUCGCGACUACUUCAUCAAGGGGGAUCCGUUGGCGUUGAAGAACAACGACAACCGCGUGGGAUUGGGGAUCACCCCGAUCAUCGAAAUCUGCGACCUUGCGGAGCAAGGGAGCAAAUUGGUGUCUUUGGCCGACGUCUUGCUGCUGCCGUCGCCCGGCCACUAACGGUCGUCUUGUCCGCCAACAAGAAGCCAGACCGGGGGGGCGACGGCAGCUGGCUGUCUUGUCUCUUGGUUGAUUGCUCGUCAUUGGGUAAUGAUGUAGGUUGGCGUUCUCUUGUGGAGUUUGGUGGCCAAUGGAUCUGUAAAUAGUCUCUGUGAGAUAUGGCUCAAGAGUUCAGGAGGUGUUUUGCGAGCCAAGGCGUUUUGUAUUUCAAGCUACUGUCCG